UAUUGACGGCGAUGUCUUCGGUCUCUCCUGUCAAGUCAAGUAAGAGAGAUACAAGAGAUCUAGAAAUAGUGUGAUUAUUCGCAUCAAUUUCUCAUCUUUCUCAAAAGGGUUUUCUUAAUUUGUAUGCUCAAGUUAGUGAGACUAUGGGUAACUGUCUAACCAUAUCGGAGAGGGAAGAUGAGAACGCCAAUAACAAUGGAGAAUCGCCGGCGACGGCGGCAGGGAAGACGACGAUUAAGGGUUCAGUUGUGGUGGUGAAGAAGAGCAUUCUUGAUUUUCACGAUGUUGGUGCUUCCAUUCUAGACAGAAUCUAUGAACUGUUUGGAAAAAAAGUCUCUCUUCAGCUCAUCACAAUUUCUGAUCAUCCAGAAAAUGGGUUGAAAGGGAAAGUGGGGAAGCCUGCUAUACUAGAAAACUGGGUGACAAGCUAUAUAACCACAGUAUCAACGACAACAAACCGUGAAUUUAAUGUUAACUUCGAUUGGGAAGAAAACAUCGGAAUACCAGGUGCUCUUAUCAUAAAGAACAAUCACCAUAGCCAAUUUUUUCUUAAAUCCAUCACUUUACUCGAUGUCCCCGGCCAUAAUGGCGUCCCCAUUCAUUUCAUUUGUAAUUCUUGGGUUUAUCCUGCCCGUCGUUACAAACAUGAUCGCAUCUUCUUCGCCAAUAAGGCAUGUCUACCGAAAGAUACACCGCCUGCGCUAAAACAAUACAGAGAGCAAGAACUGGUUAAUCUUCGUGGUGAUGGGAAAGGUAAACUUCAGGAAUGGGAUAGAGUUUACGAUUAUGCAUACUAUAAUGAUUUAGGAAUCCCCGGAAAAUCUGGUAGUGGUGUUCGGCAAAUUCUCGGGGGAUCUCAAGAGUUCCCAUAUCCACGUCGAGUAAGAACAGGCAGAAAGCCAACUAAAGCCGAUCCUAAUACUGAAAGCAGAUUGCCAAUGUUAAGUUUGAGCAUUUACAUUCCAAGUGAUGAACGUUUCAGCAAUAUCAAAAUGUCAGAUUUCCUUGCAUACGCAGCUAAAUCGAUUGCUCAAGUUACUCGUCAAGAAAUUAAGGCUGUAUUUGACAAGACUAUUAACGAGUUCGACAGUUUUAACGACAUCUUAGAUAUCUACAGUAAAAAAGAUCAUGAUCCAAAGAGUCUUUCCAAGGUUUCAAAUAAACAAAUCCAGAUCUGUCAAAUUUUGAAAGAGCUUAAACGAUCAGACGGCGAACAUUUCUCCACUUUCCCAUGGCCAGACGUCGUCAAAGGCGAGGAUAAGUCUGCUUGGAGGACUGAUGAAGAAUUUGGAAGAGAAAUGCUUGCAGGAGUAAACCCUGUCUGCAUCCGUCGCCUCCUGGAGUUUCCGCCAGUCAGCAAUCUUGAUCCUGAAGUUUAUGGCAAUCAAAACAGUUCAAUGUCUAGAAACGAAAUAGAGAGUAGAAUGAAAGGGCUCACCAUUGAUGAAGCAAUUGCAGAGAACAAGCUAUUCAUAUUGGAUCAUCACGAUGCUUUAAUGCCGUACUUGAAAAGGAUAAACGAUAAUACAACUACCAAAACAUACGCAAGCAGAACGCUCUUACUGCUACAAGACGACGACACUUUGAUUCCUCUGGCAAUCGAGUUGAGCUUACCUAAUCCUGAAGGCGAAAAGAAGGGAGCCAUAAGCCGAGUCUACACUCCUCCUAAGGAUGGUGAUGACCAAAUCAAAGACUCCAUUUGGCAACUUGCUAAAGCUUAUGCUGCUGUUAAUGAUUCUGGUUAUCAUCAGCUCAUCAGCCACUGGUUGAAUACCCAUGCAGUGAUCGAGCCAUUUGUAAUAGCAACGAAUCGACAAUUGAGCAUAUUGCACCCGAUCUACCAACUUCUUCAACCUCAUUACAAGGAUACAGUGCAGAUAAACGCUCUAGCUAGACAUAUUCUUAUAAGCGCGAAUGGAGUUCUGGAACUGACGGUUUUUCCAGGAAAGUAUUCGAUGGAAAUGUCAGCUGUAAUUUACAAGAACUGGAAUCUUAUGGAACAGGGUCUUCCUGCGGAUCUUAUCAAAAGGGGAAUGGCUGUUCAAGACUCCGAUACAGGCCUCCUCCAACUUCUGAUCAAGGAUUACCCGUAUGCUGUCGACGGGCUAGAAAUCUGGUUCGCAAUUGAAGAGUAUGUAAAAGCGUAUUGCGAGUUUUACUAUCCAUCCGACGAAUUGGUCGAAAGUGACGCGGAAAUCCAGUCGUGGUGGGAGGAGCUUCGAACAGAAGGUCAUGGCGAUUUGAAAGACAAGAGUUGGUGGACGAAGAUGAACACUAGAAAGGAACUCGUUGAUGUUUGCACAAUCGUGAUAUGGGUAGCGACGGCUCUUCAUGCGGCUGUGAAUUUCGGGCAGUACCCUUAUGCCGGAUACCUGCCCAACCGCCCCACUGUCAGCCGUAAGUUCAUGCCCGAGCCUGGAACCGAGGAAUACAAGGAGCUGGAGGAAAACCCGGAUGUAGCCUUUCUGAAGACGAUAACAGCUCAGUUUCAAACGUUACUUGGCGUUUCUUUGAUCGAGAUGUUGUCGCGACAUUCUUCGGACGAGGUCUACCUCGGACAAAGAGACGUUAGUGGUUGGACAGAAAACAGCCAUCCCUUGGAAGCGUUCCAGAUAUUUGGAGAGAAAUUAAUUGAAAUUGAAAAGAGAAUUGAUGAACGAAACAAUGAUCCUCAAUUCAAGAACAGGAAUGGGCCUGUGAUGGUUCCUUACACUUUGUUGUAUCCAGCUUUAUCGGAUCCGAGCAAAGCGAAAGGACUCACGGGGAUUGGUGUUCCGAAUAGUGUAUCGAUCUAGAUUAUGAUAUUGAAGACAUUUAUUUGUCUUUGAUUAAUUAUGAUGAGUGUUUUUAUUUAUGUCUUGUACGUGUAGAUUUAAUAAAUGAGGAAUGAUUCAUUUUUAUCUUAUAAUAAUGUAUAAUUGAGCUUCUACU